AUUUUUGGAUAUCAGUCACGUAACGGAUAUUUCCUUAUUGAUAUGCGAUUAUCGCGCAUGCGCACGUACUGCUGCACACCACUAAGACAAUGGACACAUUUUCUUUUGCAUAAAUUAAGCCGCCAAGCAAACAAAUAGGGAGGGAAUCCGAAGGCCAGAUAAUAAAGAAUUUCAACGAGUCGAAGCCACCGCAAACAUGCUUAGAAUAAAACCAACAAGAACCUAGCAGCAGCAAUAAAAAGAAAGGAAACCGCUGAGGAAAACUACCAGCCAGCGAAAACAAUUGCAACAUGCGGGAGGGAGAGGAGACCACCUCGAUCAGGUAGCUAUGGUCACAGGAUCCUAGCAAACACCAUUACCGAGAACCGCAGAGACCCGUUCGGUUCGGAUCGGUUCGAUCGGUUCGGCACGUUCGGAUUAUACCUCGUAAAAGUUUCUUCCGUUCGAUCGUUACUUUCAGUUGUUUGCGCACAUUCAAGCCAAUCGGUUGUCUUCGCUCGAUUCCUCCCACAAACUUGACGGAUUACGCUGGAGGACACUUAAAGUAAAAGAUAGGAAUUCAAAGGAAACGAAACCCUGGCAGAUCUAAUAUUCUGACCGCAACUGUAUAUCCAUACAUGUUUGUGCCCAUCUAAAUACGAUCUCUUGGUGGCUGUUGAACUCAAGAGAAUCCACUUGAACCAUGGCAAAAGUGCUGAUCACGCUGAUGAUCAUUGCGUUCGUCUCGGCGGCUCCGGAACUGGGAUGCGAUUUUGGCCAUCACCGCUGUAAAAUUGAUGUCACUAUGGAGAACAGUGCCCGCGAACGGCACCUCCUCUCCGACAUGGAUAUCACGCUGCAGUGCAUCCGACCAAUGGCCAAAUGGUUCUACCAGGAUAAAUUCAAACUCAAGAGUUUUUAUUUGCGCCUGGAACGAGCUCAGUCUGGGGAUUCUGGGAACUAUGCCUGCCUGGAUAGUCAAAACAGAUGGCACAAUAUCUCUCUGAUUGUGGGCUAUAAGGAACCAGUCGGCAAUGACAUAGCCAGCUUUGCCAAGGUGGAAGCUGCACCCGAGUCUGAUCUCUUCUUUCAGCCCCUGAAUGAAAGCCGGUCCCUGAAGUUGCUACAACCACUGCCCAAGACCGUCCAACGAACGGCGGGUGAUUCCUUCCAGCUGAGCUGCAGUCCCACGGAUCCGGAGGCGACUGGAGUGAAUAUAUCCUGGCUGCACAAUGACACCCAAAUCCAGGGUGGUCGUGGUCGGAUCAAGCUCAAGCGGUGGUCACUGACAGUGGGCCAACUACAGCCGGACGAUGCAGGAAGCUACCAUUGUGUACUCUGUUUGGAUCAGGACUGCCAGAGGAGUAAUCCCACCGCGCUGAAGGUGGUUAGCCAGAGUCACACAGUGCCUAUGCUAAAGCCGGGAUAUCCCCGAAAUGCAAGCAUUGCCCUAGAGGACAAUGUGAGCUUUGAGUGUCUCCUGGAGGACUCUGCCCUGGAGCCGAAGAUCACCUGGUUGCACAAGGAAAACGUUGACAACAUUGAUGACGUUUUGCAGCGGUUAAGAGAGCAAUCCCAGCUUCCGGUGGACUUUAGCCGCAUGACCACCUGGGUGGACGAGCCGCAGGUGCUUCGUCUGGGAAAUGUCCUCAAGGAGGAUGGUGGUUGGUACAUCUGCAUUGCCGAGAACCAGGUCGGACGCACUGUGGCCGCAGCCCAUCUGGACCUGUAUAGCCCUCCUGACACCACCACGGCCCGAGGAACCACUAGCACCACGCCGGGCACACCAGCACCCACUCCCUCCACCAACGACGAUCCCGAUGAGGAGGCCGAUAAUGCGGCAGCGGAUGGAACUGUUGGCGAGGGUCCACCCGUGUUUAGAAAAGAUUUAAAACGUCUCCAGCACUCAUUGUCUGGAAAUACAGUGACCCUGGCCUGUCCCGUCUCCGGCAAGGCGAACAUCACGUGGACGAAGGACAAGAAACCUCUGAACCGAGAACUCGGCGUCUAUAUACAGAAGAACUGGACACUGCGCUUCGUAGAAGCCACCAGCGAGGAUUCUGGAAAAUAUACCUGCGAAGUGUGCAAUGCCUGGGGCUGCAUCCACUUUGACUUCAGUGUUCAGGUCAACGACCGCACACGAUCCGCACCCAUUAUCGUUGUGCCGCAGAACCAGACCGUGAAAGUGAAUGGCAGCUUGGACAUGAAGUGCACCGUCUAUUCCGAUCUGCAUCCCACUGUCAGCUGGAAAAGGGUUGUGCUCAGGAAUGGCUCGCUGGACGGUGUUAAAUCUGUGGAGGUCCAAAGUCUCAAUUAUACGGUGACGAACGACUCCGUGGUUUUGGCUCUACGCAAUGUGACCUACGACCAGGAGGGCUGGUACACCUGCUUGGCAUCGAAUGCCCUGGGCAGAAGCAACUCCAGUGUCUACCUAAGGGUAGUGAGCCCUCUGCCGCCCUUGGAGAUCUACGCCCUGCUCCACGCCCAUCCACUCGGGUUCACAUUGGCUGCCAUUACUGUCGUGGCCCUGUUCCUGUUUGGCAGUGCCUUUAUAACGUUCAUGAUGCGCCGAUUGCGGCGGGAGAAGCUUCUGAAGCUCCGCAUCGAAACGGUACACCAGUGGACCAAGAAGGUCAUAAUCUACCGGCCUGGUGGAGACGAGGGGAGUGGCUGCAGCUCCGGGGAUCUGCAGAUGCCGGUAAUCAGGAUCGAGAAGCAGAGAACAACCGUUUCCACAACGGGAACUGGCGGUGCUGAUCCCGCCCAAGGAUUCAACGAGUACGAGUUCCCGCUGGACUCCAACUGGGAGAUUCCCAGGCAGCAUCUCAGCCUAGGCUCCAUCCUGGGCGAGGGCGCCUUUGGACGCGUGGUUAUGGCGGAGGCGGAAGGUCUGCCCCGGAGUCCACAGCUGGCCGAGACCAUUGUGGCCGUUAAGAUGGUCAAGGAGGAGCACACGGAUACGGACAUGGCCAGCUUGGUGCGCGAGAUGGAGGUGAUGAAGAUGAUUGGCAAGCAUAUAAACAUCAUCAACUUGCUGGGCUGCUGCAGCCAAGGAGGACCACUCUGGGUAAUCGUGGAGUUUGCUCCUCACGGCAACCUCAAGGAUUUCCUCAAGCAGAACCGACCUGGUGCUCCACAGCGGCGCAGCGAUAGCGAUGGCUAUCUGGACGACAAGCCGCUGAUUCCAGCACAGCAACUGGGCGAAAAGGAGCUCACCAAGUUUGCCUUUCAAAUCGCUCGCGGAAUGGAAUACCUCGCCUCACGAAGGUGCAUCCAUCGCGAUUUAGCCGCCCGCAAUGUCCUCGUUAGCGAUGGCUACGUGAUGAAAAUCGCCGACUUCGGCCUGGCGAGGGAUAUCCAGGAUACGGAGUACUACCGCAAGAACACCAACGGACGGCUGCCCAUCAAGUGGAUGGCGCCCGAGUCGCUGCAGGAGAAGAAGUACGACUCCCAGAGCGACGUGUGGAGUUACGGAGUACUGCUUUGGGAGAUUAUGACCUACGGGGAUCAGCCAUACCCACAAAUCCUGUCAGCCGAGGAGCUCUACAGCUAUUUGAUAACGGGUCAGCGCAUGGAGAAACCGGCGAAGUGCUCCCUGAACAUCUACGUGGUAAUGCGACAGUGCUGGCACUUCGAGUCCUGUGCCAGGCCCACAUUCGCGGAGCUCGUGGAGAGCUUCGACGGGAUCCUGCAGCAGGCGAGCAGCAACCCGAACGACGCCUACCUGGACCUCUCCAUGCCCAUGCUGGAGACGCCGCCCUCAUCGGGGGAUGAGGACGAUGGCUCCGAAGCCGAAACAUUCCGGGAGACCUCUCCGCUUAGAUACCAGUACACCUAUAAGUUUAAUUAGUCCCUAGUCUUAGGAAAUCAAGUAAUUCCGACGAGUCAAUCAGAUCCCAUCGAUGCAUCGCUAACCACAACUUCAUUGCCUUUCAUCUUAGAAAUUGCCAAAGAAAAGUUGAAGCAGGAACUUAUAAUCGAGUUAUUUGAAAUCAUAAGGAUUACCAAUGUCCUAAAAUGUAUGUAAUUAUAUUUUGUUUAUAUUUUAAAAUAUUUUAAGUAAACAAGAGUUCAUUUCAGUUAUGCUUCACCACCAAUGGAAAAAGUACCAGGACGUUUUCAGCCAAGGCAUUGCGCUAUUGGCUUAUAAGCAAAGACUUAAUUAGUUUAGCAUUCCCAUUAUCUUUAAUUGUAAUUUGAUUCUUUGUAUGUCGGCAAUGUUUUGUUUGAGGUUUUUGGGUAUUGUAUAUUUCAUAAUUCUUUUGUUGAGGCAAUAAAAACGAACUUGUUUUAAUAAUA